UUAUAUACUGGGGAUUUGCCGGGCCAUCGCAGCGGGCGUGGACGCGGAGGUAGCAGCAGCAGCAGCAGCAGCAGCGAAAAGUGCAGCAGCAGCAGCAGCGGCAGCAGCAAGGACAGCAGCAGCACUGGAGCAUGCGUCUGUUGCUGCUGCUGCUCUGACUCGUUUGUCGGUCAGCAGCAAACAACCCACUUCGCUCCUGUUGCUUCUCUCAUCCCACGUUGCUUUGCUGCUGCAGCAGCAGCUGCUGCUGCUGCAGCAACAGCAAGAGCAGCAGCCACAGCAGCAGCAGCAGAAGCAAUAUGGCUGCGCCAGUUUGCAAAGUCUCGCGCUGCUGCUGCUGUCUUGGGGCGCUGCCCGUAUCCAUGCACCAGUAGGCGCAGCACCAGCAGCAGCAGCAGCAGCAGCAGCAGCAGAUGUGCGGUUCCUGACACUUAUUUUAUUGCUGCUGCAGCAGCAGCAGCAGCAGCUGCGCUCUGCAGUAUCAGACAGCAGCAAAGCUGCAGCAGCAAGGCAGCUGCUGGUGGGUGCUGCUUGCUGCUGGCAUGCGCAUGCAGCAACAGCAGCAACAGCAGGGGCUGCUGCUGCUGCCCCGCUGCAGCUGCUGCGGUUGCUGCUGCAGAUUGCUCAGUUUGCUGGCAGCCUCAGCAGCCCCUCUGCGGCACCGUAUCUGCAGCAGCAACAGCAACAGCAGCAGCAGCAGCUACAGCAGCAGCUGCUGCUGCAGCAGCAGCAAAAUGACGUGUGCGACUUGAGCGCCGCAGAUGAAGGAACUUCUGAAAUGCACAACGGAGUUGCUGCUGCUCUGGCUGCAGCUCUAGCCAAGCAGCAGCAGCAGGAGCAGGAGCAGCAGCAGCAACAGCGGCAGCAGCAGCAGUGGCAGCUGCUAGCUGAACAGCAGGUGGGAGUCUACCGAGUCGACUUACUGGUAUCACCAUCAAGCUAG